AUGCACAAGAAAUUGGAGGAGCUUACCUUGAAGAAGAUUGAUAUCACUAGUCAUUUGAUCCAAUUGUCUAACGCAGUCAAUGACAUACAAGCCAAGAGUGGAGAAAGCAUUCCCUCCAAGACAAUGAUCAACCCAGAAGGUCUCAGUGCUAUGACCCUACGAAGUAGUAGAAAAGUUCACUUUGAGGAUGAAAGGGUAGAUAAGACUAAAGUUGAUAAAGAUGUUAACAGCCCUCCGCUUUCCCCAAUGAGGCUUGGCAAAUCUAAAAGCUCACAAGAAGAGGAGCUCAUAAAGAGGGCAAGAGCACAAACUAGUCCAGAAGAGAAGCCAACUCAAGCACAUGACCAAGUAAUUCAAGAAGUUAUGCCAAAAGAUGAAAAUAUCAUGGAGAGCUCCACUUACAAAGGCAAACAAAAAGAGGACAAGGCAGAGACGAGCAUGCAAGGAGCCUCUAAGCCUUCAGGUAAGGAGGUAACUCCUAAAGAUCUCCCUUUCCCUAAAGCUUAUUUCUCUAGUAAGAAAAAGUUUGAUGCUAAGCUUGCCACUGAUGCUUACUCUCUUUUUAACAAGCUGGAAACUAAUGUGCCUAUAAUUCAACUCUUGAGAGGAAACCCUAAAUACUUCAAAUUAUUAAAGAAACUGUGUAAUGACAAGCAAAGGUUUAGGCCUCUUGAGAGAAUUCAAGUGAGUACUAAUGUGUCAUCCUUAUUUAAAGCUGAACUACCGGUUAAGUGCCAAGAUCUUAGAUCUUACACCAUCCCCUGUACCAUAAGAAAGGUUCACAUUAAGGGAGCAUUGUUAGAUUUAGGAGCUGCUAUAAAUGUCAUGCCUUGGUCGAUUUAUUUGGCUUUAGGGAUAAAUGGCAUCAAAGGCACAAUUGUAGUACUCCAAGUAGCAGAUAGGUCUAUCAAGUACCCCAAGGGAAUCAUAGAAGAUAUUAUGGUUCAGGUUAAAGAUCUAGUAUUUCCUGCUGAUUUCUAUUCUAGACAUGUCUAA